UAAAUGAUUUAUAGACCUGAAGAUAGCAAAGUAUAAAACUGUAUCAUUCUCUUCACUUUACAAAAGAAACCCUUUCUGAAUAAUUUGCCAUGUCCCUGAAAAUGUUUCCAAUUUUGGUGUCUGCUCUGCUGCUUACAGCUUCAGUUUCAAGUGUCCUUGGAGCACCCUUUAGGACAGAAGAAUCACCGAAUCAGUUCAUAUGGCUCAAGCGACACAUCCCGUAUUAUCCGAGCCACUGGGACUCAGGCAGCAGCCAGAACACCUGGGGAUACACUGUGGCUGAGCAGAUCAGUGAAUCAUUGGCAGCUUUGAGGGAAACAGCACAAUACUACAUGGGCUUGGACCGUUUUGCCUUCGAUCCCUCGACAGCCGCGCUCGAUGGGGCUUCUCAACAGAGCAUUUUGUAAACUCAGAGCCUGAGUGCACCUCAGAGGAAUGAGCACAGGUCCUACUGGACACUCACCUUACUCACCAGCAGAAGAAAAAUUAAAAUUUUCAGCCCACAAAUAUUCAUUCAUGUAUAUACAUGUCACUUGAACUCCAGCUGAAAGUUAAAUGAAGAGAGGCUACUUUUAUUUUUAUUUACUUAUGCAAGAUAACCACCUGAAUCAGCUGAAUUCCCUUCCAUAUUCUAGUAAAGAUGCUUUUCAGCACUACCCCUCAAACUUGUUGCCACAUUUGGCACAAUAACAGAGGAAAUACUUUCUUUAACAUAUUCAAAGGAGAUCAGGCCAGUCAAAAGGAUAUGAAAUUAAUUUAAUCUGCAAAAUGGCUCAUUGAAACAGCCUUAUUAAAAUACAGCUACCAUGAGUGGACUCUAUAGACUACAGCUUCUGGACAGAGUUUCAUCUUGCCCCACAAAGUUCCAGAUUGUUUAAAUUAAAUUCACUGACUUUUUCUUCUUCUGCAUUCUACUAUCAUAACUGUGAGAUAAAGAGAUUCUUGCAAAAAGACCCUCAAGUUUUUAAAACUACAUGGGAUGAUUCAAGAAUUUUUUUUUUUGCAAGAUGACAUCAGUCCUGGAAGUCAUUCAACACAUCAUUGAAUAAAGCCCAAGUCUCAAUAUUAACACCUUCUGUAAAGCCCAAAACACCUCUCAAGCCAGCCAAUAAUCAGCCUAAAUCAGUUGAUCACCAUCAUGCCUAGAGACAAGAGUUAGUAAUGAACUGCAUGCAUUUCUCUGAUUUAAUGGUUUGGACAAGAGUUUUAGUCAAUUUUUGAGCUGGUAUCCACUAGAAACUUUGGCAGAUAAACACAUUUCACAUUCAAAGGUUAAUGCUGAUAUGUCUGGGAAGAAAACAGAGGAAAAUGAAGGUGUAACUCCUUGGUAACUGUAGAAACAGUUAAAAAACACACUUAAACCCUAAAUAUGGGUCAUAAUUUGUAACAAAAAAGGAGAGCAAGUCUUUA